AUGAAAUUCCUGACUGAGAAAGAAGAAAACAAAUUCAUCUUAACAGCAUUAGAGAAUUUAACAAUAUUGGAAGCGGGAGGAAGAAAAUUAGAGGAAGAAACAAAAAUUGAUCCUAAUUCUCCUGAAUAUGUUGAACAAUUAAGUAGAAUUUUUGCUGCUAUACAAACUCCUUUAGAGAGUGAAAGAAAUCAUGAGACUCUUUUUAGAAAAGAACAAAGGCAAAUUAGUCAGCAAAUAUCAGAAAGUUUUUGUCAAGAGGAGCCAGUAGUUGCAUCAACAUCUUAUACUAAGUAUCAUGCAGGAGAAAGUAAAAGAGUGAUAAAAAUUAAUAAGAAAACUAAGAUAAAGGGUUUUCAACACCUAAUUCAUUUUGGUAGUAUUACAACUUCCGCAGGAGGGAAUAAGGGGAUAGGUGGAGCAAUAGCAAGUGGGGGAGUGGAUUAUUCGACACUUAGAAUCGGUGAUGAUAAUAGCGAGAUGAAAUUUUUGAGUGCUUCAGUUGGAGGUGAACUUGGAGCAGGACUAGGAGGUAUCGUGGCUGGAUAUUCAUUAAGUGCGGAUGUGGCAAGUGUACGAGCAGGAGGUUUUCAAGCAAAUGUAGGAUAUGAUGGCGGUAGUGGUUUAACAAUUGGUCCCGGUGGUGUUGAGGCUAAAGUAGCUGGUCUUGGUAUUAGCAUUGGUAAAAAAAUGGGAAUAAGUACUCCAAUUGGAGGAAUAUCUAUCGAUUUAGGAGAAGCUUGUGUUGUGCAAAAAACAGACUUAAAAAUUUUGAAAAUAGAAAAAAGACAAGAAAAAGGAAGUAACAAAAAUAUAAUAAUGAAUGAUAUCAACCAACAAAGGGGUAAUUACUAUAUUAUUGCCGACCAUUUGCGAACUGCCAUUUUUGCUUUGGCAGAUGGAGCGGUUUUUGAACCAAAAGGACGGGGCUAUAUUCUCAAAAAAUUAGUGAAAAAAGCCACUUUGUUAGCCUACUUGAUUAAUUUAAACAGCGAGCAACUACAAAAAAUUAGUGAAAAAUUGAUUGAAGUUAAUUCUCCUUACUACCGACACUUGAAAGAAAAAGAAGGAUUGAUAAUCAGAGAACUAAAAAAAGAAAUAGAUAAGUCAACAAAGUUUAUUAGCAAAUCAAACCGAGAACUAGACAAGUAUUACAAGCCUGAAAUUACUUCCAAAAACAUAUUUUUUUGA